AUGGUCAAGUUGAGGAUGCUCUUUGACAACGGAGAAAACGCUCCGCUUCGGGAUUACCCCAAGUCGUUGGGAUCAAGCGCCAAGGUGGGGUUCACCAGCGUUGACCCUUGGUUGUGCUUCUCACCCUGCAAGAACAACAUCGCCGACGCUGCAAAGGCUCAGGUGAGUGGAACGCCUCCGGCUGCGGCGGUGUCGGCGGAGUCUGACCAGUACUGGGUGUGGGCAGAGAUGAUGCGAAGGACGGGCUGCAAGGUGUAUCAUGGGGCAGAGCAGGACUGGGCCGGCGUCAAGGCGGUUCUGGGUCCGCAGAUAGUUUUCAGCCCGGCCUUCGCGGUUUUCUACACAGAGCUUCAGGGGAGGUUUUCCAAACCGUCGGCAGUGUCGGUAUCCGCUACGUCGACCCUCCUGGUGACUGGCGGUGGCGAAGUCGUCAUAGAGGAGCUUGUCCUUGACGGAGCCCUUGAAAUCGAGGUUCAAGCGGGAGCGUCAUUGGUAAUCCAGAGACUUACCGUGAAGAACGACGGGUGGGUACCGAUUCCGUUGUCGGAGGCGGAAAUAGCCGGUGAUGAAGGGGAAGCGCCAGAGGCGAUUCGCAUCAGGGGAUUCCGGUUGGACAAGAGGGGUUCUCACUGCAUCCGCUUGGCUUCGGGAGAGAGGAUCGUGAAUGACCGAGAAAACCCCGACGACUCUGGAGUAGCUCAAUAUUGAACGCACCUCCUGCAUGAAACUCAAGGCAGCGAAGGUUCUGGUUGUAGCGUAUGCUGGCCGUGAAAUUCGAACACUGCAUACGUUGCUUGUGAGUAAAAUCGCCAGAGGGUUCAUCGUAUUCUGGAUACGCUCCGUUUUGGGAUGCUCGGAUGUGAAACAGCUGCUGCAGAGCACUGGCGUUGCCAAUCUGUAGUUUGUGUGUGAAGCGCAUGGUCAGAACAACCGCUGUGAGUGGCUCAUUUGCUGGGCAAUGGGCCAAUGGGGGUCCUUCGUCCACUACAAUAGGCGCCAUGCCACUGAAGCAGCUGGGCACAUCGUUUAAUUUUAUUCCAAAGAUUGAAUAGGCCCUCCUACUGUAGUUUCAGAUAGUUUUUGAAGCGAUAAUGGUUUCGCAAAAUGAGCUGUGCUGCGCAUGUACGAAACCGGAAAUCGGUGCAACACCGUCAAGUAGUGCUGUGCGGCGCCAAGGAUGUUUAUGCUCGCAGGUAGGAGCGCCGCAAAGGUGAUUGGUAUGACGAACUUGCUAUGAUAUGG